AUGUCCACCACCAACGAUCUCCAGGCUCUCCUAGCGAGCAUCAGACCGCGUCCGUCGCCCUCCAGCACCCCUGGUCCCGAUGGUCACAGUCCUGUGCCUCAGUAUCCCCCCCAGUACCACCACCAGCAGGCAGGCUACCAGCCGCAGCCGUAUGAUGGGCAGAGCUUCCCUCACCCUCAGCGGCACCAGCAUCAACAACAUCAGCAGCAUGGCUAUCAUCAGCCGUCGGUCUCCUCGAUCGCCCAGAGUCCCUCGCCGCAGAUCAGUUCGCCUCCGCACCACGGCUCCGAUAUCCUAAGCCCGAACGUCCCUUCGCCUCAUCCGUUUCAACCUGCGACCAGCAAUCCUGAUCGUGCCGCGAGCCUGUUGAGUCUGCUCCGGUUCAGUCAAGCUGCAGCUCCAAGCCGGCAGCAGGUCCCUGUGACGGAUUUCUCUUCGCCCAUGCCACCGCCACCCCAGGAAACUGGUCUGGAAGAAGCGGCGAAUCACCGUUCCAAGAGCAUCUCGGCUUCGGACUUAGUUGCUUCUCUUCUGGGAGGACAGGCCCUGGCGAUUCCUGCUGCAGUCGAUUUUUCAGGCAGUCUGCCAGCGGCCAUCCAACCUCGCCAGCCGGAACCGGUAGGCGUCGCGGAGGCCGCUGCCGCAGUUCCCACCGCCGACAACACCCAGGAGUUUCUGCUGCGGUUGUUGAAUCGGCCCAAACCCUCUCCAGAGCCACAGCUCUCUGCCACUAACUUGCCAGAAGCCGAGAAAGUCGCAGAGACCACCCCCUCCGCCACGCCCAAGGAGUCUCUCUUCACCUACGUGAACCCUUUCGAGCAGUUAGCGGCCGCCUCGCCGCGCACAAAGACCCCCCAAUCCAAGCCUCAAACCGCCAUCUCCCCUGUGGAGCUGGCGGCAGAUGCCAAUGCCAGAGCUCAUCUAACCGUGAAAACUCCUGAAACCACUGACUCGGAAGAUAAGGGCGUGAAUGAAGAAUCGGAGAGUCAGAUCUUCGAAGAACAGAAAGAGCUCGUCUCCGAAAUCUUCGAGGAAGCAGUGGAUGAUGACACUGACCGCGAAGUGGGCGAUUUUGUGGAGAAAGCCUCAAGCCAGGAGUCCUCACCUGAGGCGAGAGUGGAGGAGACUGCCGCCGCCGUCGCGAUUGAACAUGUUGCCGAGGAAAUCAAGAAAGAACCGGCUUCUGAAGAAGUCAAGCAAGUGUUACAAGAGGCUACCACUGCCGUCGCCAGUGAAGCCACGGUUAAGGAUGUCCAAAACGAGAGCGGCGAUGCGUUGGCUGACAGCUGGGAAAGCGCCGAAGACAGUGCUGAGAAGGACGAGGAACGUGUCGUUCCUGUCCUCAACUUCCCUCUGCGGCCCUUCAUCUCGAUUGCAGUUCAGCCGGCUGUCGGCAAGAUUAUCUCCAUCAGAGAUGACGGUAUCAUGGACAUCGCUCGUUUGAAGAAGGAUUUUGAUCAGUUGGACCGCUCUCUCACCUCCGCCACCUCCGAAUACAUCGUUUACGCUCUUGCAAAGAAUGGUGGCAUUAGAAUUAUCCGCCAAGAUGACGGUAGCGAUAAGCAGAUCUUCCGUGCCACUCGAGACCGGGUCUUCAACGUGGCUCUUUGCACCUCGCCCUCUGUGGCGGGUGUGUCCAAGGAGCAGGCUGUACUCGGCAUCGGCGUCAGUGGCACAGUCUAUUGGGCCAUGAUCUCGCGGGCCGACCAGGAUCUGUUCGAGUUGGAUGCCUUGGAGAGCGAAAGCCUUACGUUCCCGCCCUUCCCCGCGUCAGACGAAAAUACUUCCGGAGGCCAGCUGAAAACGCGGGCCAAACGAAGCUCUCGUCACCCUGAGUUCUUUGCCAUCGGCCGGGGCAAGAAUAUUUAUGUCAUCUCCCCCCAGGCUGCCACAGUCCCCGGGUAUGAAGUCGCUGGACCCCAGCGCACUGUCGCCACGGAGAAAUUCUUCCGAGAGCGUGCCCUCAAGAUCUCCACUGGAAAGGCUGGCAAAGAUUUCGCCUUUAGCGAUGACGACACUGUCAUCGCGUCACUCGAUAAGACUGGAAGGUUGCGCUUCUGGGACAUUCGAGAGAUCAUCACCAAGCCAGAUUUCUUUUUGAACCCUCUCACGACUCCUACUGAAAUCCGCGUGCCCUUGAACACUUUCAUUACCGGGUCUCCCGCGGAGAAGUCUUGGCCCACUUCCGUCCUGUUCAUCGACAAGUUGCGUCCUUACGUGAAGUCCAUGGCACUCCGAUAUGUCCUUGUUGGGCUGAAGCAGAAUCACACCUUGCAGCUCUGGGAUAUUGGGCUUGGCAAGGCUGUGCAGGAGCUCAAGUUUCCUCAUGAGAAUGAAUCGGAUGCCAUCUGCAGCGUGGCGUAUCACCCUUCGUCUGGAAUCAUCGUGGUGGGACACCCUACGAGAAAUACGAUCUACUUUGUGCAUCUGUCUGCGCCUAGAUACAACCUGCAGCCCAUGACACAGGCCUCGUACAUCAAGCGCGCGGCCGAAAAGGAUAGCAGUCUGCCCAAGCCAGAGUCCACGGCUUGCAUGAGUGGCAUUCGUGAGAUCUCUUUCGCGUCCAAGGGUCAGCUGAGAAGUCUGGAUCUCCUCCCUAUCAACAAGACCCCCGGCGAGAAGCGGACCGUGGAGGAUGAGACUGGCUUGUUUGAACUCUACGUGAUGCACUCGCGCGGUGUCACGUGCUUGAAUAUCAAGAAGGAGGAUCUUGGCUGGAGUGCGGACAAUAAAAUCAUCCGCCCAGUGAAUGCGCUGGAGGACGGGCUGAUUGAGAUCACUGAUCUACAGACGUUCCCAAGCUAUGUCACUGAUGAGCCGUCAGUGAAUGGCGACUCCGCGUCCACUCCACAGAAAGUGACCCCCACUCCCAAGGAAUUCACCAUGAAGCCUUCUGAGCUCGAGACCCCCUCUGGCGUGACUCCUUCGCGCACUCAGUCGCCGACUAAGCUCGCAGUGAAGAAGAAACUUGCUGAAGAGCAGGCAGAUGUCCCCACCACCCCCGCUCCAGCUGCUGAGAAGCCGGAGAAGAAAAAGAAGAAGAAGGGGACUGCUGCCGCUAGUGAAUCAGCAGCUGGCAAGGUCAAGGAACUUACCUCCAUCGUUGGAGCUCUUCCCACUGAGCUUCCUUCUGAACCUCGCGCUGCUUCUACUACGACACCCAAGGCGAUGCCAGAUAUGCCUACCGAACAAACCAACGGAAACGGCAUUCUCCCCACUGCCACCGUCAUGGAAGCUGCCCAGCCUUCUUCCGCUUCUGCCCAGUCCAUUAUUCCUGGUGCCACCUGGAACAAGCAUCUGGAGGACCUCCAGGCGGGUGUCUCGAGCGAAUUCAACAAGAGCCUCGGUCGCGAGUUCGAAGGACUCUACCGGCGCUUCGAUGAAGAACGUCGCGCUUGGGAUGCCGCUUCCGCGGCCAAGCAGGACCAAGUCUUGCGUCUGGUGUCCAGCACGCUCUCUGACAACGUUGAAAAGAACUUGGCUCGGAUAGUGUCCACCAGCAUCGAGUCCGAAGUUCUUCCCGCGAUUAGCGAUUCCGUGGUGGCCAGCGUUGGCAAGCAGGUGAAGGAAGUCACCUCGCAGCAGCUUGGCAAGGUUGUCUCUCAUGAGUUGCAGCAGAUUCUGCCGGAGACUGUCUCCCGUGCUGUUCAACAGCCUGAGGUUGCCAAGGCCAUCGCGGACAGUCUCACCCAGAGACUCGUCACUCACGUUGGAGACGAGGUGUCCAAGGCUUUGCAUGCCACCGUCACUCCUGCGUUCAAGAGCCUUGCUCUCCGCGCGACCGAGAAGAUUGGUUCGGACAUCGAACGCCAGCUGCAGGUGCAGAUGAAGCACUAUGAGAUUCAGCGCCACAACGACUCCCUCAAGAUCGACCAGCUCACCAAUCUCGUGCGCGGACUGUCCGAUACCGUGGCCUCAAUGGCCGCUGCGCAGACCGGCUUCCAGAAUGAGGUUCUCCGCCUGAACCGUCUUGUGGCCUCUCGCCAGCCUGAAGAGAACAACCACAAUUCCCUGUCGCAGCAGCAGCAGCAGCAGCAUGUUUUGGGCAACGCCCCUCAGGAGACUCUUCCUGCACGUAGCCCUGAGGAGGUUGAGCUGGCUGAAAUUGUUCAGUUGAUGAACGAAGGUAGAUUUGAGGAAGGCUCCGUGAAGUGGCUUCAAUCCUCCCAACAGGCUGACCUGUUCGAUAACUUCUUCGUACGCCUCAAUCCGACCUACCUGACUAGUCUUUCCCCCAUUGUCGCCCUCUCUGUCGGUGUUGCCGUUACCACCUCUUUGGUUACCAAUAUCUCCGAGCGGCUGGCCUGGCUGGAAGUUGUUCUUCAAACUGUGAACGUCAUGGACCCUGACCUUCGCGAAGUUGCGCCCAAGAUCAUGGAUAUCCUCAUCCAGCGCCUGGAGAGUCUGUACAUGACCAUUGCGGAGAACACCCCUCACGACCCCGUUCUUCGCAAGAUCCCGCCUCUCUCUCGCCGCGCGCGCGAGCUGCGUGGCACCCAGUGA